UUAAUUAUCUACAAACCGAAGGUUCAAACUAAAAAUAUAAACAUAUUAUUAUUUGUACUUUCCUUAGCCCUCACAUAUCACAUUUCUGACGUUCAAUGGCUUUGGCUGCUCGGCCAAUUGCUUGCCAUCUCAAGUCGGACAAACCGGUGGUUCAAAAAGAUGAUCCUCUGGCCGGACCGGUCCCUUCGCUCGCGGUUCAGAAGGCGAGGCUGACUAACACGGCCGCUAUAACAGCGGAUAACGCGAAGAUCUUGUUGCAACCAAGGGUGUGCACACUUAGAUCCUAUGGUUCGGAUAGGUUUGGAGUGAUGAAGAUGCGGAACAUAGAAGGUGAUGAUGAUAAUGAUGUGUCGCGAUUCUUCGAUAUGCUUUCGGAGUACAUAGAGAGUUCAAAAAAGAGCCAUGACUUUGAAAUCAUAUCGGGUCGUCUAGCCAUGAUUGUAUUUGCGGGGACAGUGACAAUGGAAAUUGUGACUGGUAACUCACUAUUUGGAAAGACGGAUUUACAAGGAAUCGAGGAGGGUGCAGGGGCUUGCUUGGCUGCUGUAGCCUUCGCUGCCAUUUUUGCUUGGUUCUCGAGUGCUCGUACUAGAGUUGGGGGUGUCUUCUCGGUUCGUUGCAAUGCCUUUAUCGAUUCUCUUAUUGACCAAGUCGUUGAUGGAAUGUUCUAUGAAACUGAUAUCAGCGACUGGAUCGAUGAUAUUUGAAGAGUGAAAAAUCGUCAAACACAAAAACAAAGACGGUUAUCACUUAAUGUGUGUAGUUAUGAGUAUGACUAAUUUUAUAGGUCAAGAAGACGGUUUAUUGUGAUAAACCGGUAUACAUACAUAGAUAAGAAAAUACAAGGUGGUGUGUAUAUGGUAUAGUUUGUAGCCUUUAUAAUGUACUAGUACGUUGUGUACUAUUUCUCUUUGUCAUGAUAUUAUUAUUAUCUUGCGUGACAGUA